AUCCCAGGGAGAUUCCAGAGAUUCCGCCCAAGCUUUAUACUCUCCGGCAGUUGUCCAGCGUAUAUUUCAGACUUUUGGCUGAUAACAUGCCCGGAUACAGUGUUCUUGACUCUCAACUGAAGGGAACUACUGAGAAUGUCGCGAAGUACCGUUGCCCUCAGUGUCGCCUCCUUCUCAGAGACGCUGUUCAGCCGUCCUGUGGCCACUGGCUCUGUACAGACUGUGCCGUUGAAAUAUUCGCAAGAAAGAACCCUCGCUGUCCUCGAGAUGAUUGCGGAGAAGAGCUAGUCCCUGAAGAUGGACAAGAUGUGAGGACAUGUGUGCUGUACUACUGUACAGUGGGGCAGUGCCUAGAUGCUUCACUUUACUGUACACUACACUGUGUGCCAAGUUUACGAUUGCAACAACUAUUACACUCUGUUGCGUAAUUGCAUAGGAUUACACAGCAAGUUGCUACAAGCACGUACAGCAUAAGAAUUUAGCACGCAAAGCAUCAUGCACCAUAGAGUUGAGUUAAGCAAUGAACAGCAUAAUACAUAAUACUGUACAUGAGGAGCAUAUCCCUUGGCUUAGACUGGUGCUAAUGGUUGCUGAACGUUCUUGGCAAUGGUGUGUGUGCAUGUUUGUGGAGCUCUAGUGCCCCCCAAACCCAAACUCAGGGUCACAGUAUGAGUAGGUGUACUGUUCUCAGUACGCCGGUCAGGCCCACCCAGCCACCAUGUAAAUGGGGAGGCACUCUUUGUUAGCUCAGAGUUGCCGCUAUAAUGUAGUCUCUUUAUGAGGCCAGUGUCUAGUCUUCCGGUUCGUCUGUCAUGGCUCGUGUGAUGUUCUCUGAUGGGCCAUGCAGUCAUCCUGACUAACUUGCCUCCUGUAAAACGUUCUUCCCAGAUCGGUUCGUUCGACGGGAGAUCCUGCAAUUCAUCGUGAUAUGUGCUUUCGGUGCAAUGGGGUGUACCUGGGAGGACCUCUCUCUGAUUAUGAAGCUCACAAGGAGGGCUGUACGUAUGCUGUGGAGACAUGUGAAUGUGGCGAGACGAUGCCACGAACUGAGCUUGCACUGCACAAGAAGACACAGUGCACGAAAUCCAUGAAACCGUGUCCACUUUCCAAGUUGGGAUGUCCAGGAAAGAAAGAGAUGACAAACAAAGAAUUGUGCGACCAUUUCGGCGAAACGACGCACAUCGUUGACCACUUUGAGUUGCUGGCCGCCUACAUUCGCUCGCUGAGGGUCGAGACAGCCCUCGCCGACUCUGUCCAGCCUCUCAGUACCAAACGUCCCCCGGCCGUCGGCUCUGACCAGUUCGACAAGUUUGACAGCGGGAUAAAAUCACUGUCUGUCCGCCGCUUUGGCGAUGAAGAGAGAGACGGUGUCGAGAAAGACAACCCGACCCGUCCACAUAAGCUGAAGCUUCUCGACAUGGACCCUGCGGCAAGGCCUGGAGUUGAUUACACAAGAAUGCCGCUCUACUCUGCUGAUACCCUUGGUCCGGGGAUGCCCCUCCCGAAGUGGAUCCAGGACGAGUUGGAGAAGGCCCGCAAGGGGGCCAGGGAGGAGUCCCGGCAAGAAGUGGAAGCUCUGAGAAACAGGAUCAAGCUCCUCGAGCAGCAGAUGACGCAGAUGCAGAAGACUCUCCAGGCCAAGACCUCUGAGAUUGAAGACCGCGAUUUUCGCCUCUCCCUCAUCGAAAACAGCAACUACGACGGUUCCAUGAUCUGGAAGAUCCCUCAGUUCAGUCAGCGCAUGACCGACGCCAAGACGGGCAAGUACACCUCCAUUUUCUCCCUCCCGUUCUAUUCCAGCAGAUACGGCUACAAGAUGUGCCUCCGUCUGUACAUCAUGGGCGAUGGCAUCGGAAAGGGGUCGCACAUGUCGCUGUUUUUCGUCAUGAUGAGGGGAGAGUUUGAUAAUAUUCUCCAGUGGCCUUUCACACAGCGCGUGACCUUCCGACUCAUCAACCAGGAAAGCGGUCGCGACAUAGUCGACACGUUCCAACCAGACCCCCUCAGUUCGUCUUUCAAGAAGCCGAAAUCCGAUAUGAACAUCGCCAGCGGUUGCCCCCGAUUCAUCUCCCACGAGAAUCUCAAGGGUGGUGGAUACAUUGCCGAUGACACCAUCUUUAUCAAGUGCACAGUCGGCCAGGGCUCCCUGUCGCACCCCUGAGCAGAGCAGACUGUUGGGGAGCUGAUGAAAGGGGCAACCGCUGGCUAUAUAUGUUGCGUUCAGUGUUGUGCCACACCACAAUGACUUUCAAACAAUAUUUACAGACAUCUAAAACAUAAUGUAGAUCCAUGCCAAUAGCUACUUAAAAACGAUUAUGAAUAAAUAAAUUUUUUGCGGUUUUUAUAUGACUUCUUUGUGGACACACGACAACAUAAAACAAGGACGAUGUGAUUGGAUGAGGAGAGCGUUAUGUCUGAGGGUGGGGUGAAAUAAGGUGAGAGGGGAAGACUAGCAGUGCAAGGAGCACAGGUUGUGAUGCAAGUUGAGCAAGAGAUUCGGAGUGGUGAGUCUGAGUUUGGAUGGAAUCGGUGACAUGUCGAGUCUACUCUUGACCGCCAUGUGCUGCUCGAGAUAGAGCUUGACCUUCCACGGCGGCAGAUUGGGGCAGUGCUGCAGUAGCAGUGCAAUGGCACCUGUGACAUGAGGGGCAGCCAUGGACGUCCCGCUCUUGAAGUCUAUGCAGUCGUCGC